GACACAACCACAAACAUGUCAGAAGCAACACCAAGAAUCACAGCGCCGUACCUGGGCGAGUUCUCCCACCGCACAGUGCGAGUCGUCGGAAAGGUCUCACAACUGCGAGGCAUGGAGGCGACCAUCGACUCAGGCGGAGACAUUAUUGUGCAUCUGAACAUGGACUCACAUCUUCACGUUGGCAACACCUUUGAGUUCAUCGGCAAAGUUGGACAGGAUCUCAGUCUCAAAGUCAUGGCGAGCACGGAUAUGGGCCCGAACGUCGACUUCAGCGCAUACGAGGCGUUGGUGGACGCCACGCAUCGGUACUCGGAGAUCUUCUACGACAAGAACUAGAUGCCCUGGACGGAGCAUGUCUAGUCGGUGAAGCCAUUACGCGACACUGACCUAGAAUGCGUGGAGGGAUGCCAGUGAAUUUGGAGAAUGAUGCGAUGAACGAACCACAACGAGAAAAGGAAGUCUCGACCAACAUUCCGGUCAAUGCCAGGCAUCAAGCC